UCAAAAACGGGGAAUAAAUGGCAAUCAUGGAUGAUCGUCAACUGCCGGAAGAUUUACUAGAAUUUAACUUGGAAGAUCUAUUAAAUCUAACGUUAGACCUUGAUUCUUUAAAUUCUAUUGAAAAAAUAUCUCCUCAAUGGUUAGAUGAGCUGGCAUCGUCGAUAACCAUUGACAAUAAUGAAUUGUCAACAAGAAACGUGACGCAGAAAGAUCGAACAGCUGAUACAUAUACCGAAACCGUUGAAGUAAAUGACCAACGGAAUUCAGAGCGUAUUGAUCUUGAAAAGAGUCAUAAUUCUGAUCAACCAUUGAACCAUGUAGAGAUUAUAGUAUUGGGUGAUACAGUUCAAGAUAACGCACCUCUUUCUUCACCUAUUAUUGAUCAGCAGACAGAAAAUAUUACCUCUGAUUCACUUUGGAUGCAAAAUAGUGACUUGAUAACGAAGACCACAGAACCUAGGAUUUGUUUAAGUAAAAGCGAGUUAUCUAUACUGGAGCGUGAAUUCCAAAUAUGCCAUUAUCCAGAUCGAUUUACUCGCAAAAAAUUGGCAUUGACGCUCAAUUUAUCGCGAUUGACGGUAAGCGAGUGGUUUACAAAUCGUCGAAUCAAGAUGAGAAAGCAGUCAUCAGGAAAUUUUUCGUCGUCAAAUGAAAAUACUGAAGAAAAUGGUGAGAUCAACAGAAUUAGUUUCAGUAACAGCCAAGUUGCAAUGCUUGAGCGUGAAUUCGAAAAAUCUCAGUAUCCGGAUUGUCUUACACGCCAAAAAUUGUCAUUAAUGUUAGGUUUAAGAGAUACCACUGUAAAGAACUGGUUCCAUAACCGACGGGUCAAAAUGAGAAAGUUGAUGGAUCAUGCUCAAUCGGUGGAGCAAUCACUGCAGAUUCAAUCCAAUACAUUUUCGGCGUUGGAAACGUCUUUGGAUAUAAAAUCAGAUGUUAAUAAUAACGAACUAAUCUCGAAUGAAAACGUAUUUAAAAAUCAGCAGUCACAGUGUGACACAGUACGUCAAUUAACGCCAACCUUCACUUUAACUGAUGAACAAAUGGAAAAACCACAAGCUGGAUCUUCUGUCUUAUUACCAUCGACUGUAUCGAAUCAAGGUUUAGAGCAAAACACACUAAAAACGCUUGUACAGUUAGUGCAAUCGUCAACGUACAAUAAUCAAGAAAACCAAGAAUCGCAGAUUGAAAUUUCCAGUUUAUCACCGUUGCCUAAAUCUAAUCAGAGUUUAAAUAAAAAAACUCCAGAAAAGCUUGAAGAGUUACUUCCGUCUCAAACAGAAGCUUGCUCUCAAAUUGAAAAUAGCUUUUCACUGUCUAGUAGGCCUUCCAAUCGAAGACGAAAAAGAACUAAUUUUUGUAAAAGCCAACUUUCGAUACUUGAACGUCAAUUUAUGAAAUGUAAAUAUCCGGAUUUCGAGACAAUCUGUCAAUUAGCAUCAACAAUUAAUGUAGACGAUAACAAAGUAAGAAUUUGGUUCAAGAAUCGACGUUCCAAACAAAAAGAUUUAGAGAAAAAUGGUCAGUUAACGGAAUCACAAACUGAAACUAUCAAGUUUCGACCACCGAGCAGCACUUCUAUACAAAAAUGCAAAAGAACUAAUAAUCGUAAAAGUCGACUUCAUGUACUUGAACGCGAAUUCAAAAAAUGCCAAUAUCCGAAUUUAUUUAAAGUUUUUCAACUAGCUUCAAAAACCAACUUCACUAACAGUCAAGUAAGACGUUGGUUUAUACAUCGACGUGCAAAGCAAAAAUUAUUAGAAAAGCGUGGACAAAAAGUAGUUCAAGUACAAAAAAAAAUGCCCGAACUAUCGUUAUUGACAGAAUCUUUCGAACAAAAUUGUCGGCCCAAAGGUACUACGUUAAAUGCAAGCCAGCUUGCUGUACUCGAACGUGAAUUUUCAACGUGUCACUAUCCAGAAAGCUAUACACGCGAAAAAUUAGCAUUAGCAAUGAAUUUAACGUUUUCACAAGUAUCCAAAUGGUUUGAGAAUCGGCGUACAAAAGAACGUAAGCUACGGAGUUACAGUCAACCAUCAUCAGUAAGCACUGAAACUUGCGGACUUAGUCAAGAAACGGAUUUCAAUGAAAAUCAACUUGCCAUACUUGAGGAUGAAUUCAAAAGGUGUCAAUAUCCUGACGAUGACUCGCUCAUUUACAUAGCAUCAAUAGUUAACAUGCCAUACACUAAAAUAAUUGAAUGGUUCACUAAUCGUCGUGCAAGAGAAAAAACUUCAGAAAUGUCGCUAUUGACUGGAACUUCUAGGCAACAAUUCUGUGCUCGAAAAAUUCAAUUCAAUAAAAGUCAGCUUGCUGUACUUGAGCAUGCAUUUGCAAGAUAUCAAUACCUUGAUUACGAUACAACUUGUUCUUUAUCAGCAAUAAUUAAUGUGUCAUAUGAGAGAGUACGCACCUGGUUUACAAAUCGACGCGCCAAACUGAGAAAAGUGAAUAAGCAUGGUCAGUUUUCACAGCCACAGAUUGGAACUACCAAUUUUCCAGCAUCGACUGAAUAUUGUCAGAUGGACGCACCAUUUCACGAAAAACAAAUCCAACCAUUUCAAAAUUAUCAACAACCUCCGAUGGUUCGAUCCGACUACUGUAAUAACACAUUAUAUAACAACGUUCAGCAGAUGAGAGUUUUUCCUCAAAAUUUGCGAUUUGGAUGGUAUAACAGCGUAUCCCCUGUAUUUAUUCCGCAGAGUUAUAACGUGACAGCGUUUCCUCCAAUUCAAGAGGAUGCAUUUUAUAUCAACCCUGCACCGCCUAGCGCGCAAUACGUGUAUUCGCAUCCUUAUGAUGCACCCGUACCAAAUCAUUCGUUUUUAGCAGAACUUUAAUUGUUGCAAAAAUUUGAUCUAAAUCAAAGAAUGUAUUAUAUAUUUUAGUUCUGAAUCAAGCAAGUAUUUAUUGAUUUUUUACCAUCAAAAUUUUUUUAUAUCACAAUAAAUACUUUGAUCUUAACUAGUUUAAAAUUUAAGAUUAAUCGUACUAAUUGUUUACUACUGGUACAGGUAUAUUUAAGUAGCUCUUUAUUUUUAAUGCGUUUGCAUAUAGUCUUAUUGAAUAUUGCAAAAAUAUUUUAGCUAAUUACGUGCGUAUGUAUAUAUAUGUAUUGAACAUUAUCUGGAAUAUUCUUCAUUAUUUUAAAAAUAUAUAUUACAAUUUUAGAUUACUCGUGUUAAUAAAUCCUAUAUGAAGGCUCAAAAGGAAAACAUUUUCAUUGUUUUACAAAAUCUAUCUAUUUAUCACAAGAUUAAAAAAAUUUAAACGUAGAAAUUAAGACCUUAAUGCGAUAAUAAAAUAUCAACCGAAUUGUUAAGCAACAAAGAACUUGACAAUACAUUGAUUGAAUUUAUUCAACAUUGAACGUUUUUUAUUUAUGUAAAAAUAUGAGUAUAUAAGGUUAUAUAUUUAGAGAUACGCGAUG